CACUGCUGCACGCGAGAGAGAGCCAUGGGCACCCUCGUCGGGCACGUCGGGCCGGGCGCCGGCUUCCUCCUCAUCGGCCUGUGGCAGCUGUUCAGCCACACCCGACUCUUCUUGGUGCGACCGGGCUCUUACACGGCGCCGGUCUGGUUCCCUGUGCGGGGCGUCCGGCACCUCGAGCUCAUACUGAUCAUCGUCGGCACGGCGAUCUCCAUCCUUAUGGAGCUGGUCAUCGGCCCGGAGAAGCACCAGCCGUUCGACGACGACGGCACCAUCCCGUCCAAUCACCUCCACAACUUCGAGCACGCGUCCAUCUCGCUGGCGCUGCUCCUCUUCGCCGCGGUCGCCAUCCACCUCGACCGGGCCCGGGCGACCUACCGCGACGCCGUGUCGCUGCUCGCGGCCGCCGCGGCGUUCGCGCAGCAGCUGCUCAUCUUCCACCUCCACUCGGCGGACCACAUGGGCGUCGAGGGCCAGUACCACUGGCUGCUGCAGACCGUGAUCGCCCUCACGCUCGCCACCACGCUGCUCGGGAUCCCCUGCCCGCGGAGCUUCACGGUGAGCCUGGUCCGGUCGGCGAGCCUCGUGUUCCAGGGCGUCUGGUUCAUCGUCAUGGGGAUCAUGCUCUGGACGCCCGCGCUCAUCCCCAAGGGAUGCUUCCUCAACCUCGAGGAAGGCCACGACGUGGUCCGGUGCCGCACGGGCGAGGCGCUCGACCGCGCCAAGUCCCUCGUCAACCUGCAGUUCAGCUGGUACCUCACCGGCACCGUUGUGUUCGUCAUCGUCAUGUUCCUGCAGCUCACCAAGCUCUACCCCGAGGAGCCACGGUACGUUCCGCUGGUGAAGGCAGGCAGCGGCAGUGGCAGCGACAGCGACGCCAGCCGGUUCAGCAUCGGAGACGACCACGACGACGAGGACGAUCUCGAGGCCGAGAAACGCGGCUUCGGGCAGGUGGUCAGCGGCACAAGGUCUAUGGAGAUCGGGAGGUGAAGUUAUAGUAACUGGAUACCCCAAUGUUAACAAGUUCGUGUGAUUACAGUGCACUCCGACGGCUGCGUGUAAAUUGUAGCAGCUGUUGUUUCUUUCUUUCAAUUUUUCUCCUUAUUAGUGAUCUGUGCAGUGGAGGGACAGGGCCCGAAAUUCAGGGUGAAUCUGUGCUUGUCAGACGAUUUGUUUGUUUAAGCGCGUGCUCCAUUGAUUCAUUUGGUUGUC